AUGCUCAUGGCCGACCAUAACAAACCCUGCACGUUAUGCAACACUCCAAGACCCGUCCUUAUCCGGUGUCAAAUCGACGAGACCCGAAGUUGGCAUUUUUUAUGUCCCGGGGCAUGCUGGCGUGGCGUUUCUGGAGGAGAGGAAGAUGCUCGUGGUUUGGAGAACGAAUUUCCGCAUUAUCGCUACGGCGGCAUUGCCAAGAAGCCGAAGAAGGUGAAGGAGAAGCAGAAGGAACGAAGGGCGAAGAGGGAGAAGGCUGCAUCCGAAGCACAUAGCCAGAGCGAAGAUGAGGAUGGAGAUCCCGAGGAUGCUGAGGUUGUGGCGGGCGAUGCUGCGAAGUCCUGA